AUGGUGACUGGAAUCGAGGCUACUGGUCUCGUGCUGGCUCUCUUGCCCUUACUUGUCAACCAACUUGAUAACUAUGUGCAGGGUUUGGAGACACUCAAGAGCUUUACAGCAAAGAGGUACCUGAGAGAGCUGGAGAGCUAUCGCACUAACUUGGGAACGCAAAAAGUUAUUUUCUUCAACACAUUGGGUCUCGCAUUAAAGGACACUCUGAUAGACGAUGAAUCUAUCAUCAGCACGUGGAUCAGCAAUCCACAGGCAGACACUUGGGUGGGACGGGUUAUCCACGAGACACUGAAAACGAGGCUUGGGACAAGCUUUGAACCUUUCAUGAGGACAACACAGGAAUUGUCCAAUUUAUUGGAGGAUUUAUCCAACAAGUUAGGCUUGAUAAACCGAGGCACAUUGUUGUCGUUGAACUCUCAGCCCGAAUCCCUCAUCAAGAGUAGUGUCAAAAAGUUCCGCAAUAUAUUCUCAAAAAGCAUAUAUGCCGACCUCCUGAGCCGCAUUCACACUACAAAUACCAUCCUGAAAACACUGGUAGACCAGUCCAUUCAACACCACACGAAUGACAACAAAAAAUGGAGGUUGCGACCGCCACUCUCAGUGCAGAAAAGCCGGAGAAAAUUGGCCCUGAGUCUCUAUAGCGCCAUUUUGAAUGGAGCCUGCUGGAAUUGCCCAUGCAAAGACCUGCAUUCUAUUCAUUUUGUCCUCGAUGGUAAAUUGUCUGCCACAGCACGCGAGCCAUCAAAUCAUACAUUUCGAAUGACGUUUACAUCGAAGGUAUGCACUACCUCAGCGGACGUCAAGGACUGCUGGCACGAAGUGGAGGCCGAGUCAAUUGAGUUAUCAGAUCCAGCCUCAAAAUGUUAUAUCUCCCCCCGUCCCAGCCUUUGCUCCACGAUAUUUGCCGUGAACUUUGAUGACGAGCAACGAGCACUCCUUGGGUGUAUCGCGGACAAAAGAUACCGACACCAUAUGUAUCAUGUCCGGAGCAUUGCCGAUGACCUAAAAUCACGUUCACAAUCCCUUGAGGAACUCAUAGCAACUUCGUCAACAUUUCCACAACCUCCGCUGCAAGGCAAAUACAUAUUCAGUCGCCGUGAUCGACUAAUUCUCGCAGUGAACCUUGCAUGCAGUGUCAUGCAGUUCCAUGGCAACUGGCUGCGCAAAUAUUGGAGAGCACGGGACAUCAUGUUCAUCAAAGAGAAAUUCGACCCAUCCGAACACCCCUAUGUCGUGUGUGACAUUGCAAGCCAGCCGAGUAUGGACAAGAACCAGGAAUCAUCACCGCUCAUACGGAGCGAAGUUCUCUUCCCCCUGGGGCUGAUUCUCGUCGAACUUUCGCUGUGUCGGAAUCUUGAAUCAUUGCGUACACUGGAAGACGCUGAUCCUCUGGAGGCAGUGACAAAUCUCAAAACUGCUGCUCGAUAUCUUCCAGUUGUGGAAAUGGAGAGUGGGCUGAGGUACGGUCAAGUGGUAAAAUGGUGUCUCUUUGGCUCAGAUACGGGGAAUACUACCUUGGAGGACGAAAUGCAGGAGGAAGUAUUUCAAAAUGUAGUUGCCAGGCUGGUUGAGAACGUCUGGGACGUUUCAGGACUGCAAUAG